GGUACUAGCAUUUUAUUAAUCUUUUAUUAAUCCGAUUGUGGCUUUUCCAUAACAUUUUUUUCGCGUUUGACGCCCUAAGCGCGAGCCUGCCUCACCCGCGUCCCGCCGGCUCGGGGCCUGCGCUGCGGCGCCCCCUGCCGCCCAUUGUGACGCCGGCCGCGAGCCGUGUCCCGAGGCGGGCGGCGGCGGGGCAGAGCCCCGGGAGCAAUGGCCGAGACGCAGGAGCUGCUGUUGCAGCUGCAGAAGGACAACCGCGACGGACGCCUGCGGAAGCAGGAGCUGGAGGAGCUGGUGCGCGGGCUGGAGGCCGAGAGCGAGAGCCUCACCGGGUGCCUGCAGGAGCUGCGCGAGCGCGAGCGCAGCCUGAAGCGGAGGGCCCAGGCGGCGCGGGCCCUGCGAGGGGAGGCACACCAGGCGGCGCGGGAGCGCGCGGAGCGGGCGCGUGGACUGCUGGAGGCUGCGGAGCAGCACAAGCUGGACCUGGAGCAGCACAACCGGCAGCUGCAGGAGCAGUGGGAGGAGCUGUCAAGUCAGCUCUUCUAUUACGGAGGGGAACAACCGAAUAAGCAGCGCGCAGAGCAGCAAUUCGGGGCCCAAGUGGUGGCGUUGCAGAAACAGCUGGAGCUGGUGGAGGCCAAGUUCGUCCGGCAGGCGGAGGGCCUGCGGCAGGAGCUGCAGGGGAAGGUGAUGGAGGCGGUGGCUGCGCUGGACGCCUGGCGCGGCGGCCCGGAACUGGGCGACUCGCAGCCUCGCCGGGCGCAGGACUGCGCGGGCUCGCUCAUGGAGGAGGUGGCCAAGGCCGACUGUGAGCAGCGGCUGUUGGGCGGCGCGGGCGCGGCGGGCAUCAGGCUGUGGGCACUGGGCGCGCUGAAGAUGCUGCUGCUGCUCCCGCUCGGCUUCCUGGCGCUGCAGCUCCUCUACCUGGUGCUGGCGAACCCCGCCGCCUUCCGCCGGGGGCUCCCGCACCUCGGCCCGGACGCCGCGCUCCGCCGCCUGCGCUACACGCUGUCCCCGCUGCUCGAGCUGCGCGCGCGCGAGCUGCUGCCCGCCUAGGGAGCAUCACGCUGGCCGCGGCCGCCUGCACCUCGGUCUCCCGUGUGGUUUCUGGGCGCUCGGGGGGAGGUGGAGGGGAGACGCCCGGGGAGUCCUGUGUUCCGCGGGGCUCAGCGAGCGGCCCUGGCACCUCGGGCUCCGCGGGCGUCGCGCCUUCCAGGCGGACCUCGCGUCCGGAGAGGCGGAGCAGGGCGCGCCCGCGCCCAGGGCUCGCGGCCAGCGCUCCCGGGAGGCCCUUGGCUGCAGCCCCUGCGGCUGCGCCGGCGCCAACUCGGAAGUUGCUCAGAAUCGUAGCGGGAAACUUGCUUUUUCCCUGCUCGCGAGCCUGAGCGGAGGGCUGCGCGGGGGUGCCCGGCAGGCCCUCUCCGCGGCGGGCUGUGAUCCCCUCGGCCCGGCCGCGGGGCUCCUUGGGUCCAGCGCGGCCCGGCGUCUGGCGGGGCGGCAGUCCCCCGGGUACCCCUGGCGCUGCGGGAGUCCGAGCCGCGCUGGGCGUGCGCGCUCACGACUGCGGGCUUCCCGGGAAAUCGUCGCUUCGCUUCUGUGAAACGCUCUGCUUAGUGGAAACGGUGACCUUUGAGUUUGUCUCGUACAAAUCCUACUUUUAUUAUUUACGGUUUUUUGGUAGUGAAGUUGUUCUGUGUAUCUCCUUGUGCACACAGACAUGGGUUUUUGCUAUGGCCUUUAAACAAUCGUUUUUUUGUUGAUUUGUAGGUGUUCUUUAGUCUUUUUUGGGUUAAAUUGUUUAUAGAAUCCUGCGUAUCAGAUUUUAUCGGAUUUAAGAAUUGUGCUUUGGGUCCUAAAAAAUCCAUUCUUGCCUGGAAGUCAUAAAGAUGUCAUACUCUAAUUCCUUUCAAUUGGUGUAAACAUUUUGUUUAUCCAUUCAUUGUAACAUUUUGUUGAUAAACAUUGUGUUUGUUGAUUCAGCCUUUGGUGGACAUUUGGGUCGUCCCCCCCCGUGUCAGUAAACACUUCUGUGAACACUGGUG